ACAAACAAAAAAAUCAUCUUAUUGUAAAUCAAAUUAAGAUUUUCACCACCAUGGCAACUAGAUGCUUAUGCUUUGCAACAAUAAUGCUUACUGCAAGCAUUUUAAUGUUAGAAAUUUCUGCUCAAAUUGAAUGUGGUGGUAACCUAGUUGGCCUUGAAACGCAAUGUUUGCCUUUCAUUAAAAAGGAGGGGAAAACAGUUCCACCAUCAGCAGCUUGCUGUGCAGCAUUAAAAGGUGCUGAUAUCUCAUGUUAUUGUAAAUAUCUGGGUCCUAUUGAGAGUCAGAUCAGCAUUGAAAAAGUUUUGUAUGUGGCAAAAUAUUGCCAAGCUAAAAAUAUUCCUACGGACAAGUGUGGAAGUUUUAUUAUUCCUCAUCCUCCUCCUUCAUCUAAGGCUUGAAGACUGAAAGUGAUGCUCAUGAAUAAAAUAAAAUAGACUUGUGAUGCGUCUUUUUAGUUAUUAUUUUAUGUUUUCCCUUCCUUUUAUUUGUAUUUAGAUGAGAUCAAUUACAUGAUCCCAUUAAGAUGAAUAUAAAAAGUGCAUCACACAUGUAUUAAUUAUA